AUGCACAAUCCAAAUAUCCCCAGCUCCCGCCUCGCAUGCACAUCCACCGACGCUCCGAACCUCUACACCUGGGUCAACAAAACCUACAAGCAGAGCCUAACAUGGACAAACGCCUACAUUUACCUCGCCUCACCGAACUACCGUGCGCGCACGAAGAGCACCAAAUACACAUUCGACUUCGCGCCGCGCUGGAUGGGCCCCACAACGGGAGGCACCUCAGGCCUCUACGACGAUUUCGCCAUGGUGCCGGCGUCGAACGACCGUUUCGCCGUGUUCAACGCCACGACAACCGGAACCACGGGCCGGAAUGUGCCGGAUAAACUGAGGGAGUUCGAGGUGAUGUUCGGGGUGAUGCGGACGAGGGAUGGGUCGCGUGUGGCGGGGCUGGGGGUGGUUAAGGGGCGCUUGUGA